AUGAAGACUCCGCUAAUCAUACCUCACGAAGGUCAUUUAACAAACUUGCUAAUAGACAAAGCGCAUAGAAAUACAUUUCAUGGUGGUACAAGGUUGACUCUAUCACGCCUAAAACAGCAUUACUGGGUGUUAGGAGGGAACAGAGCGGUUAAGAAGUAUAUCCGCAAGUGUGUUACCUGCAGAAAGCAUAACCCCGAUAAGCAAUACCAACUUAUGGGUGAUUUACCAGCAGCCCGCACCAAUCCAACCCGGCCGUUUUACAACUGCGGCGUCGACUUCACUGGCUACGUUGACGUCAAAUACAACAAAGGUCGAGGAGUCAAGACGACCAAAGGAUACAUUGCCGUAUUCGUUUGUAUGCUGACAAAAGCAGUGCAUCUCGAGCUUGUCUCCGAUUUAUCUUCGUCAGCAUUUAUAUCAGCACUUCGGCGGAUGGCAGCUAGACGCGCCGGUCGCAUCAUACAGAAAGAGUUCUUUAACUUGCAACAAUUAUUAGAUCAACAAAUUUAUCACCAAAUCACUGACAUAGAAAUAGAAUUUCAUUUUAACGCGCCAUCUUGGCCCAGUGCCGGCGGGCUCUGGGAAGCAGCGGUCAAGAGCCUUAAGCAUCACCUUCGAAGAGUACUUGGAGAACAAAAACUCACCUAUGAGGAAUAUUCUACGUUAUUAGCACAGAUAGAAGCAUGUUUGAACACUAGACCUCUGUGUGCUAUCACAGAAGAUCCCGAGGACAUAAAUUUUCUCACACCGUCUCACUUCUUAUCAAGUGGCCUGACGCUUAGCAUCAUAGGAACCGAACGAGAUGAAAGGACAAGAUGGCAGCUAACACAAAAAAUCUUUAAUGAUUUAUGGAAACGUUGGCAAAACGAAUAUCUGUGUCAAUUAUCAGCUCGCAGUAAGUGGCAGCAGCUCCAGCAGAAUCAACAAAUAGGCGAUUUAGUCAUCAUUCAUGACACGAACUUACCUCCCGGCAAAUGGCUACUUGGCAGAGUCGUCGAUUUGCACCCUGGAAAGGAUGGGCAUGUACGGGUCGUAACAGUCAAGACGAAGAAUGGCAACAUCCAAAGACCAGUCGUAAAGUUAUCAACGUUGCCUAUUAGUAAUAAAGGAAGUUUACUACAACAAUCUAAACAAUCAACUUCAUCAGAAACUGCAUCGAAAAUAUUUAAACCGAAAGUUCGUUCCGGCAUCAAGACAAUGCUUAUAACUUUAUUUACAAUGUUGCUUAUAUUACCGACACAAUGUUCAUAUAACAUAGCGCAAUUGAAAGACAAUCAAGCGAUCUAUUUCGACAAGAUUUCUAAUAUGCAUUUAGCAAGAGGCGAAUGGAAGCUUAUUGUUUAUUUUGACAUGAAACCGUAUUGGGAAGGCUCCGAGAUUUCUAUCAGCAGAAGCAGCGUCAGCGCCGAAGAACGCGACAGGAACACCUCUGCGAGCAAUGCAGUCAAUACACACAUCGUCACCGCCGCCAUCGCAGGUCCCGCGCGCCGCAGAUCGCGUGCGCUCCUCAACGACAUCGGGCAACUCUACCAAUGA